CACUUGAGCUCAGUGACAAUUUAAAACGGAGUGAGGAACCAUUCUGCCGCUCACAACUCAACUUAUUUAGGAGCAUUGCACUGUUUAGAAAACCCUGAAGAUUAGGAAUGGCGGUCACUAAUUUACACUACAUUACCCGGAUGAGCAGUGGCUUCAAAGUGUACAUCUUAGAUGGACAGCCCAAUCUGAGGAGUGAAGACAGAUUUCGCCACAUGACCAGCGACAGGUUGCGGAUGCGCCCUACACAUCCCAUGAAACGCAAACACAGUUCUGAGAAAGGACGGACACUUGAGGAGAGAAGAGAGAGGGCCCUUAGCAAGAGCCUGGCCAACAGUGCCCGCAGAUCAUCUGUGUUCAGUAUUCCUGAAAGCCCCACAUCCACAUGGAGCCCAACGGCCAGCCCCACUCACCUGAUCCCGAGCCCAGUGUACUCCACCCCAGUCAUGGAUGAGCCUCUGGCCCUAAUCAAGAAACCACGCCCAGAACCAGAGAAAACAGAGAGCCAGAAAAAAGGCACAACAGUCAGACAAAUACAGACACGGCCGUCUGUCAUCACCUGUGUUUCCUCUGCAACAAGGUCAACAAAAAAAGACUGCUGCAAUCAGUCCACUAUUGUUACCCAGCACAGUUAUGACCACGUUGAAGAGCAUUUCCAGAGGAGUCUCGGGAUGAACUACCACAGAGCCACCUCCAUCAGCGUAUCUGUAGAUGACCACUUUGCCAAAGCGCUGGGUGAUAAAUGGCUCCAGCUCAAAGAUUCAUCCUCCUCCUGCCAUUCAUCCUCUUCUUCAUCUUCUUCAUCUCCACCCAGCAGUCCAACCUUCAUCCACUCGCCCGGCUACAGCCAGAGUCCCAAAAGGGCUCGCAAAGAUUCAGUCAGUCCUACCAUGACCGCACUAAACCUAUGGUCUAAUAAAUGAAGAAGAGAGAGGAAUUAGAUGUAGAUAUGGCAAAACGGACUCAAGAUGCAUGUGUAGGCCCAUGUGUUUCUGCUGUAAAAAGCCAAAGGGAGAUUGAUGAGAUAGUCAACUGAUGUUGCAAAAGUUGUCAUGAACAGAUGAGGAAUGGAUCAUUUCAUGGUAGCUAAGCAUUGCUGGAGUUGGCUUUUGUCAUUGGUUUUGUGGGUGCCACUGAUUUUUAUUUUGUUGACUGUGAUUGCACUGAUUAUUACUAGUAACAUUUCAUCGUCUGUUGUAAGCUUUCUUCUGCUAAUACGUCGUAUUUAUAUUAGACAGUGUGCCAGAAUCUUGUGACCUAAAAGGAGCACUGAGCAAAACAGACCAAAAAUUACUAGGUCACAAAGUUUCAUGUUUUAACUGUAAAUAAAUGCUUGGGGAAAAGAGGUGGGUAACUGUUUGGCAUCUCUAUAUGGGCUACUGCUGUUCAUUUCAAUCCUUGUGUAAAUUUCAAACCUUUUUACUGUUGUACAUAUUUGUAAUAAAAACAUUUUUUUAAACGCA